CCCCUACAUGGCGUUCGUUGCCUGUCAGCGGAUUUUCUGCUGUAUUUCCAGCAGUAUUUCCAGCAAAAGCGAUGUUCAUUCGGAUGCUGGCGUCAUUGAUGAGACCUCCAGACUCAUUCCCGCUACCGAAGAACCUUCUAGGCCAACAGUAAUGAACGUGGAUUAUGGAAGGUUAAAAGGAAAACUGGGAACAAUUGUUCGAGCGAAGGAAGGACGGAUGGUGAACGUCAAUGCCCACGGUCCCUUCAAUCUGCAGAACCAUCCCUCUACUUCGUAUCUCCCGGAAACACCCAGCAGCCUGGACGAGCCAGUCGACAGGAACAGCUUAUCGCAAGCCUACCCAGAGCAACACAUACCUGACAUCGACAGCUUCAUGCGCCCGGGAAUAUACAGGCACCCCAGUUCUGACUCUCGCCGCUCCAACGGGCCUGCUGAUUACCCAUCCAACCCUAUUUUCUCUGCACGCAUUGUCAGCGUUAACGGAAUCGAACGAACAGAUGUGCCUCAGGAUCCUGAUGCAGUCCCUGACAUACCAAAGCUGGACGUCGGGUCUCUGUCGAGGAGUUGGGGUGACUGAGGACGGAAGGCCUUGCUCCUGCCCCUUCCUUUAAUAGAGCACCCUCGUCGAUGAUCAUCUAUGUAUGGCACCAAAUGCUUUUUAGUUCAGCAAAAACGAUUUUUUCUUUUGCUAGCUUUUGGGUGUAUUUUACUUUUCGAACAAUUUGAUACCUCUCACCAGAC